AUGGUGAUGGUAUUUCCUUCAAUCUUAUGCGAUCAUGAUGAUGAUGAUGAUGAUGAUGAUGAUGAUGAUGAUGAUGAUGAUGAUGAUGAUGAUGAUGAUGAUGAUGAUGAUGAUGAUGAUGAUGAUGAUGAUGAUGAUGAUGAUGAUGAUGAUGAUGAUGAUGAUGAUGAUGAUGAUGAUGAUGAUGAUGAUGAUGAUGAUGAUGAUGAUGAUGAUGAUGAUGAUGAUGAUGAUGAUGAUGAUGAUGAUGAUGAUGAUGAUGAUGAUGAUGAUGAUGAUGAUGAUGAUGAUGAUGAUGAUGAUGAUGAUGAUGAUGAUGAUGAUGAGAACUGAGAACUGAGAACUGAGAACUGGUGCGAAGCAGCGAGUAGAGGUUGCUCUGUGUAGCUGCGUCAUUCGUCGUUUUCGGACAUGAACUUUUUAUUUAUCGUUUCGCUCUUUGUACUUUGCCUCUGCAAAUUGUUGGUCUAGUAGCAUCUUGAAUUUAGACACGGUGUUCGCUUCUACUAUAUGCUGAGGCAGGUCGUUCCAGACAUUCACCACUCUGCGUUCGAAACAGAGUUGAUGGGCGACCCGCUUCAAAUCCGGGACGAUAAGUUUAUACCGGUGUCCUCGCGUGCAGCUUGGUGUGCGCAGAUGAAGUAGUUGUCUCAACAUGGGGUAAUCACCCAGAUGUAAUAUCCGGUGCGUCAUGAUGAGGUCAACCCUCAGCCGACGAUAAGAUAGGGUGUAUAACCCUAGUUUCUUACAUCGGUCUUCGUAUGGCAUACCUCGUAAGUUGGGAAUCAGCCUGGUGGCUACAUGCUGCACCCGCUCAAGCUUUUCUACUUCGCCCCGGGUGAUGGGACAGUAUGCGGGAGUGCCGUACUCUAGCAUUGGUCGUAUUAUCGAGACGAAGAGGCGAGUGGCAAUCUCUUCGGACCAAGUGCUAAAGCUGCGCCUGAGAGCCCAAAGCAUACGAAGGCUGUUUUGGUACAGCCUAUUCGUGUUGUCAAUGGACUUUAGGUCGCAGCGUGAGAGUACACCGAGGUCGCGCACGAAAGGAGCGGGAUGCAACGGUUGUCCAGCCACUGUGUACGUUCGGCCGUGAUCACACUUACCCAACCUCAUGAAUUGCGACUUGGCAGGGUUGAUCGGAAGGUUAACCUCUGCAGACCAUGUUGAGAGGCGGUCGAGAUCCUGCUGAAGUAAAUCGCAAUCAUUGAGUGUGCGGAUUACUCUCCACACUUUCAAGUCAUCUGCGAACAAAGCACAAUGUGAUUGUAGUAGCUGAGGCACAUCGUUUAUAUGGAUUAGAAACAAUAUCGGGCCCAGUACAGUGCCUUGGGGCACGCCGCUGCUCGAUGGAUACCACUCAGUUAGAUGGUUGUCCACCUGGACUCUCCACUUUCGAUCAAUAAGGAAAUUGCUGAUCCAUUUGUGCAGCGAACCACCAACACCGCACAUCCUCAGUCUGUCAAGG